UUGUGACAGUCCAGGAUCUCCUCAGGUCUCAGACCAGCGACCCUGUUUGUCCUCCAGUCAGUCCUCCAGAAGCUGAUGGCUUUUCUGGAAACAAUUGGGACAAAGGUUAUUCUCUCAUUUCCAUGGCAGAAAUAUGAGAACGCGUGGGACUUUAGGGCAUCUGGAAAACCACUGUCUAAAGACGCUGUGGCAGCAUGGUGCCUUCUUGCCUGUCUCCAAACCAGGAAGUGAUGUCACAGCACCAGGCCCAACCCCUCUUUUUCACCUGAAGAGAGGGAGGGGCAUUUUCUGAGCUUGACAAGGGGAACAACAAGGAAAGAGCUCACAAGCGGGCAGGUCGGUGUGUUGUGUAUGUUCACUCGCCUGGAUUGCGCCUUGGUGAAGAAUAAAAAAGGAGUUUACCCAGCUGGUGGGGUUCUCAACACGGAUAUGGAUGUCCCGGAUUCUCCACAUGGGAAUAUGGGGCUGUUAAGGACAUUUGAUUGCUCUGAGUUUGGCAGCUGGGAGCAAAUAGGCUCAGGUGGAUUUGGACAAGUAUACAAAGUCCGGCACGUACAGUGGAAAACAUGGCUGGCUAUCAAGUGCCCUCCCUGCCUUCAUGUGGAUGACAAGGAGCGGUCAGAGUUGCUCGAGGAGGCUAAGAAGAUGGAGGCAGCCAAGUUCCGAUACAUCCUGCCAGUGUAUGGGAUCUGUGAGGACCCACAGGGCCUCGUCAUGGAGUACAUGGAGACCGGAUCCCUGGAGACCCUGCUGGCCACCGAGCCGCUGCCCUGGGAGCUCCGCUUCCGCAUCAUCCACGAGACUGCGGUGGGAAUGAACUUCCUGCACUGCAUGAACCCACCGCUGCUCCACCUGGACCUGAAGCCGGCCAACAUCCUGCUGGAUGCUCACUAUCAUGUCAAGAUAUCAGAUUUUGGCCUGGCCCGAUGGAACGGCCUGUCACGGGCUGAUGACAUCAGUAGAGACGGCUUCUGUGGCACUAUAGCCUACCUGCCACCUGAGAGCAUCAUUGAGAAGGACAGAGUGCCGGACACCAAGCAUGACGUAUACAGUUUCUCCAUUGUCAUCUGGGGGAUUCUCACGCAGAAGAAGCCCUACCAAGGAGAGAGUAACAUUCUUCAGAUCAUGGUGAAGGUGGUGAAGGGGGUGCGCCCAGACCUGGGUGCAGUGCCACGCUGUCGACCUUCAGCCUGCACAGGGUUCCUGAGCCUCAUGCAGCACUGCUGGACCACAAACCCUGAUGCCAGACCCAGCUUCCAGGAAAUCACAUCUGAAGCUGAGGAGCUCUGCUCUAAACCUCAAGAGGAGCCCAAGACUCCAACCUUAUCAACGUCAGAGCCAGAGCCCACGUCCCCGAACACACUCACUAGUGACCAGAUUAAAGACAACAUACCGGUGCGUCCAAAGUCAGCCAUGUUGCCGGAAAAGGAUUACAGCCUGUCAGAGCUGUUGAGCCAGGUGGAUUCUGGGAUCUCUAGGAGCUUUGAUCGAGUGAAGGAGGAAAGCAGCUACAGCAAAGAGAACCCUUGCAAGAGACUGUCCGGCAUCUCCUCGGCUGAUUCCGCCUUCUCUUCCCAAGACUCGAUCUCGCUGUCUUUUGAGAAAGAAAACGCAUGUGAUUCUGCUGAGGUCCAGAGGCGGAAGCUGUGCGAGGCCAUCAGGACCAAAGACACUGCUAAGCUCAUGAAGAUCCUCCAGCCUCAGGAUGUCGACCUUCUCCUGGACGGAGGAGACAGUCUGCUCCACCACGCCAUCACCUCGGCCAAUGAAGAGGCUGUCAAGUUCCUUCUCUUGAACAAUGCCAAUCCCAACCUCGCGAAUGCCCGUGGCUCUACACCCCUGCACCUGGCCACAGAGAAGCACCUGAAGCCCCUGGCAGAACUUCUGCUUGGUCGGCGCAGCACCAACGUCAAUGCCAAGGACGAGGACCAGUACACAGCUUUGCACUGGGCUGCCCAGAACGGGGACGAGGCCAUCACGCGCCUGCUGCUAGACCGGGCCGCGGCCAUCAACGAGACCGAUGGCCAGGGACGCACGCCAGCUCAUGUCGCAUGCCAGCACGGCCAAGAGAAUGUAAUCCGAGUGCUGCUGAGCCGUGGUGCUGAUGUUCGAAUCAGGUGUAAGGACAAUUGGACGGCGCUCCACUUGGCUGCCUGGCAAGGGCACCUGGGCAUCGUCAAGCUGCUGGUCAAGCAGGCCGGUGCCGACGUGGACGGGCAAACGACAGACGGCCGCACGCCUCUGCAUCUGGCAUCCCAGAGGGGGCAGUACCGCGUGGCACGGAUCCUGAUUGAACUUGGAGCAGAUGUUCACAUGACGUCUGCUGGGUUUAACACAGCCCUGCACGUGGCGGCAGAGACGGGUCACACCAGCACCUCACGCCUCUUGAUCAAACACAAGGCGGAUAUCCACGCCCAGAACACCCACGGACUCACUCCCCUCCACCUAGCCUCUCAGCGAGGCCACCUGGCCACAGUCAAGAUGUUGAUAGAAGAGGGGGCAGACCCUUACAGAACCAACCAGGCCCUACGCACACCCUGCCACCUGGCAGCAGAGAACGGACACUGUCAGGUCCUGAAAGAGCUGCUCCUUCACUGUCCAGAUGGUGGCACUCUGUCAGACGAGCAGGGGCUCAGCCCGUUACACCUGGCAGUGCAGGGCAGACACUCGAACAUCAUCACUAUGCUGCUGCCACAGGAAUGCCAAGACUUGGUUACUGAGAGCUCUGUGCAACCAGUAGCCGAACAACCCGCACCACCGGAGACUCAGCAGCUCCAGAGGAAAGUCGUCAUUCUAAAAUUGACGGAGCACCUUGACAAAGACUGUGAACAAUCCAGCAGCAGCUCAGAGUGUGCCUCAGCCCCCUGCUAACAAGAGCAAAGACACUGCCAAAACUGUACAAAACCGUCUUCAUUGUCAUUUUUUUAUACUCUACUGGUGCCUCACAGUAUGAGGGGAGGGGGGUCAUUUCGAACUUAAGAGAGUGUUUGCCCUUUCAGCACUGUAGGUAGGUAUUAAUGGUCGUCAAAGCUGUGGUGUAAAUAUGUACACUGUAAAUAGAAAGUAUAAAUACUCUGUUGUGUUUUGAAUUUAGACUUUGUUUACUUUUGUACUUAACAAGCAAAUUUUUACUAAACAACCUAACAAGCACGUACUGUGUGGCAGAAAAGGACUAGGAAACCCGUGACCUUUCACUUUACCGUACUGCAGCUGGUAUGCCUGUAAAUUAUGUUCUAUAGAGCACAAACUUUGGUCACAGGCCAAUGCAUGUUUAAAGAACUUUGACCUUCAGUGUUCUGUACAUGUUACAUAUCAGUGCAUCAUCAUCCAUUAAAACAAUUUUAAACCA